ACGAAGAAGUUGUAUUGUAACACGUCGUACGGACGGAAUUUCAUAAAAAUCUUCGUAACAUUACAAUUUCACUAUGAACGACAUAGAUGAUAAGUUUUACUACGUGUACAGUUCAUCGUUAGAUCACAAAUUGGAGAUAAAAAUAGGAACUUUAGAGGGUAAGCGUGCGAAACCAGAGUAUGAUAAGUUGCUCUCGGACCCCAUGUUGAAGUUCUCUGGCUUGUAUCAAGAAGGGUGCUCUGAUUUGUACGUGAGUUGCCAAGUGUUGACCGAUGGAGUUCCCUUGGCACUGCCAGUCACUACGUCGUACAAGGCGUUCACUAAUCGAUGGAAUUGGAACGAAUGGGUGACCCUGCCUGUAUACUACAGCGACCUCCCCCGUAACGCCAUGCUGGCCAUGACCAUAUAUGACUGUGCCGGCCCCGGGAAACUCAUGGUUGUGGGUGGGACAACCAUAUCUUUCUUCGGGAAACAUGGCAUGUUGAGACAGGGGAUGUUCGACCUCCGCGUGUGGCCGGGAGUGGAGGGGGGAGAGAAAACGCCGGGCAAGGCUCCGGACCGGGGGAAGGAGCAGAUGCAGCGGCUGGCCAAGUUGGCCAAAAAGCACCGGAAUGGACAUAUGCCGAAGGUGGAUUGGUUGGACCGGCUUACGUUCCGUGAGAUAGAAAUGAUCAACGAGAAAGAGAAGCGAGGAUCUGACUACAUGUACCUCAUGAUUGAGUUCCCCACCGUCCACAUUGAUGGUAUCAACCACGCAGUAGUUUACUACGAGCAAGACGGUGACGAGAUGUACCAGUUCCGCGCACAGGCGGAGAUCGUCACAGUACCUGAUCAUGAAAUACAGCAGGAGAACCUAGUAGAAAACAAACAGCAUCGUCUAGCGCGUUCCCUCCGCGCCGGCCAAGGCGGGCGAGACGCCAAACCAACUGCAGCUGAACGCGACCAGUUGACUGCUAUUGUUGCAGCACCCCCCGCCUCACCCCUCACUGCAACAUACCAAGACUUGCUGUGGAAGUACAGAUUCUACCUAUCUUCGCAUCGACGCGCUCUCACCAAGUUCCUGGAAUGCGUCAACUGGAACCGACCAGCGGAGGUGCGGCAAGCCCUGUCGAUGAUGAAGCAAUGGGCUCCCAUGGACGUGGAAGACGCUUUGGAGCUGCUCACACCGAAGUUCACACACCCCGCCGUUAGGAAAUACGCCAUUUCAAGACUGAAGCAGGCACCAGACGAAGAUCUUUUGCUGUAUCUCCUGCAGCUCGUGCAAGCUUUAAAAUACGAAGAUUUCAACGAAAUACACGAAGAGUACGCGCGCAUAUGCGGCAAAGAUGUGGCCGUGUAUUCGGAUUCAGAGGGACGUCUGUUGCAGAGCGGCCCGAGGGGAAGCCAAGCGAGCCUGCUGUCCACGUCUGUACUAACAGCAAGCGAGAUGACAUCAUCGACAAAUAGUCGGCGUUCCGAAGACGAUACGCUGACGGACAACACCGAUAACAACAAUUCUGUCGUUGACAACAACUCUUACGGCGAUGGAAACGACCCAACAGAGGAACGCCUAAACCUGGCAACAUUCCUCAUCUCUCGCGCGUGCAACAACAGCGUCCUGGCCAACUACUUAUACUGGUACCUCCUCAUCGAGUGCGAGGAUCGGCAGACCACACAGGAAAUGGCCAUCAGGAGCAUGUACCUUACUGUCAUGAGGACCUUCAGCCAUCAGCUCGCUAAAGGCACCGCCUCGCACCAGCGCACCCGCUCGUUCCUGGCGCGCCAGCAGGUGUUCCUGGACAAGCUGGUGCGGCUGGUGCGGAGCGUGGCGCGCGAGAGCGGCAACCGCCACAGGAAGGCCGAGCGCCUGCAGCAGCUGCUCGCCGACCCCGACGCCUUCAAGUUCAACUUCGCCAACUUCGAACCCAUGCCGUUUCCUCUAGACCCUAACGUUACCAUCAAAGGAAUUGUCGCCAAGAAGGCCAGCUUGUUUAAAUCGGCUUUAAUGCCUUCGAAGCUGACGUUCUUGACGACGGAGGGGGUGGAGUAUGAGGCGAUGUUUAAGCAUGGGGAUGAUUUGAGGCAGGAUCAGCUGAUUUUGCAGAUGAUUACGCUGAUGGAUAAGUUGUUGAGGAGGGAGAAUUUGGAUUUGAAGUUGACGCCGUAUAAGGUCCUAGCAACAAGCUCAAAGCACGGCUUCCUCCAAUUCAUCGAAUCCGUGACCGUGGCCGAAGCCCUAGCCACCGAGGGCACUAUACAGAACUUCUUCCGAAAACAUAACCCUUGCGAGGGCGCGCCGUAUGGGGUCAAACCGGAGACGAUGGACACUUAUAUUAGGAGCUGCGCGGGCUAUUGCGUUAUUACCUAUCUUCUCGGCGUGGGCGACCGGCACCUGGACAACCUGCUGCUGACGCGCGGCGGCGCGCUGUUCCACAUCGACUUCGGCUACAUCCUGGGCCGCGACCCCAAGCCGCUGCCGCCGCCCAUGAAGCUCAGCAAGGAGAUGGUGGAGGCCAUGGGCGGCGUGCACUCCGACCACUACCAGGAGUUCCGCAAGCAGUGCUACACGGCCUUCCUGCAUCUUAGGAGACACGCCAACCUGAUGCUGAACCUGUUCUCCCUGAUGGUGGACGCGUCCGUGCCUGACAUAGCCCUGGAGCCUGACAAGGCGGUUAAAAAGGUCCAGGACAAGCUACGGUUGGACCUUGGCGACGAGGAAGCGGUACACUACUUGCAGAACCUCCUGGACAUGUCAGUGACAGCUGUCAUGGCGGUCCUGGUGGAACAGUUCCACAAAUUCGCUCAAUACUGGCGGAAAUAGACGUCGACAUUCGACAAUACAAAAUGCGUGGUUAGAAUCUUUCGGGUUCCUCGGUUACAUCGUGUAUAGAUCCAUAACUCAACCUGCGACCUGUAUCUUGUUUUUUUAGGGUUCCGUACCAAAUCGAGACCCUAUUACUAAGACUCCGCCGUCCGUCCAUCCGUAUGUCACCAGGCUGUAUCUCAUGAACCGUGAUAGCUAGACAGUUGAAAUUUUCACAGAUGAUGUAUUUCUGUUGCCGCUAUAACAACAAAUACUAAAAAGUACGGAACCCUCGGUGUGCGAGUCCGACUCGCACUUGUCCGGUUUUUUUUACAUUUGUUUAGGAAAAGAUAUUAAAGUUAUAUUUGAGAAAUCUGCGAGUCAUCGUGGAUGACAUGAACUAUGUAGCUUAUAUUAUAAAUCUUAUAAUUUAGUGUAAUGCUUGUUAAUUAAGAAGUGUUGCUUCUAAGGUAAUCCAUUUUGUACUGUGAUAAUAGUAUUAUAAAAUAAAAUAUAUUAAUAUAAUAA